UGUUCUGUAAUUCUGUUUAGGAGGUGAAAGAGAUUUUUUUUUUUUAAGAUAAUGGAUUUUCAUUAACUUUUUGCCGGGUCAGCGAAGGAGCCGACCAAAUUUCGAGGAUUUUCAUUAGUCCAGGCUCUAUAUUGACGAAGUAUAUGCACAACCAAGGAGGUGAAAGGGAUGGUAAAGGACUAACGGCCUGUUUGGUUGGUGGGAGUUGAUAAUGGGGAAUGAGAGUGUAUGAUAUCUGGAAGUUUAAGUUUGUAGUUUGAUUGAAAGAUUUGGGAAUUCGAAGGGGUUUGGGAUGGGGAAUUAAGAGGUCCAAUUCCCACCAAUCUCUUACCUGGAGGAGGCCUGUUAAUUCGUGAGACUUGGAGAGAAUUCGAUGUGAAACAAAAGAAAGGAUAGGGACUAAAAAUAUAACUCCCAUGACCAAUCCCACUAUCAACUCCCUCCUUAAAACUUCCAUUCCUCUUUCCUUCUCUUCAAACAGGCCGUAAAGGUUAGUAGCCGGAACUGAAUUGAUUGCAGACUUUGCAGUGUCGACUGAUGCUUAGCUUUAGCCCAAGAUUGCAAACCAUCAAAUCUCCGGUCUAAAAGAGUGUGGCAGAUCAUCAAUCCCACCUAGGACGGUCAAAAGCUCAAAAAGAGGGUAGUCCUUUAAGUUGAUUGACGAAUCAACAGGAGAUUAGACUAGAGUGAUGUGUUCUCUCCACCAUACACAUCAAACAAAGACGCGCUUAGCACCCAACUCUGACUUGCUCACUUUUUUUUUCUCUCUCCCUGGAAUCAUGCACGUCACUGCCCCCCUGCAUAAAUACCUCCUUGUGUUACAGGACUGUUCAUUCUUGAAAACUGCAGUCCAGUUAUCUUGUGCUAGGUACUCUCUCUCUCUGGGUGCACCUGUCUGACCCCCAAGGCCCCAAGUUACUUCUUAUUGAUUCAACCCAGAAGGGAGGGAAUCCUACAGAUUACUGAAGAUGGGGGAGGUGGUCAGUUCUGCUCUCGUUCAUGAGACAGUGAACAAAAUCAUAUCUGGCAUGAUUGACAAGUAUGAGCGAAAAUCAAGUGCGCAGGAACACAUGGACAGGUUAGAGAUGGCACAAAUCAAGUUAGAUCUUGCACUUGAGACAUCCAAGAAGUGGCAGAUCAUUAGUGAGCCGUUGCUACGUUGGCAGAAGAAGCUGAAACGUGUUGCUGAAGAGUGUGAUGACACAAUACGCAUGUGCAGGCAGCGUGUCCAGGAAGAACAAGAGGCCAAACAAGUAGCAAGGGAUUCCUUCUUUCCUAGGCGAAUUGCCCAUGCCACCAAGUCACUGAUAUCGUCCAUCUUUUAUGGCAAUAUCGACGAGCCGACUAGAUCUACCGUUCGAAGAUUCGAGUGGUUUGCAGAUGGAGCUAAUGACUUUCUGAGAUCUGUGGAGUCUGGAGGGACACCGCGUCGUUACUUGUUCUUCGACCCUCUUAUUGGGCACCUUCUUGCAGGUGAAAUGCUAGAGUACAAAUUGGUUCAGGGAAACAAGCAACAUUUGUUUUGGAUACGGCCCAAUAACAUUGCAGAGAGGAUAGAAGGUAUGGUGUUCUUCGUUUACAAUGAUGGCACUGCACCUGAGGAUAACUUUUUUCUUGGUAUGAUACUACAGAUUUCAGAGAGUACAAACAUAGUUGGCACUAUAAUUAAGUGCUUGCAGUUGUUUGCUCCUCAUUUCGAGUCUGUAACUGAAACUGUCAGGAAAGAACUUACUCUGCUACCUACACAAGACUUCUCCUGGAUACCACAUUCUCGUUUAUACCAUUGGGACAACCUUCACAGUAUAGCUACCGAAUGGUUCCGCCCAAACCCAGUGUGUUGCAAGCAUCAUGAUCAGAAGGUAUGUGGUAGUGGCAACAUGAACAUGAUAGAAUUACCAGACUUCUCUCUAGAAUCAGUUAUUCAAGUGAAUUUGCAGUGCCAUGUUGCACUGCCUGGGUUCAGAGAACGGGGAACAAUUGUCGAGGGCAAAUCUUCUCUCAAAGAAUAUCUGCGUGGACCGCAUCUGAAUGUUCUACUUGCCUAUACGCCUCACGGAUCUUCAGAAAGCCUAUUCCCAUCAGUCGAGGGUUCUGUGAUAGAGGUGAUUAAUGCUAAUGAGCAGCAUUGCUUGCAUACAAAUAUUGCCUUGCAACAAAUGGAAGAGAUCAUGUUGCCGAGGGCCGUAGAUUAUUUUCAUCAGAAUGCGAAAGCGACAGUGUAUCAGAUGCUUUGGAAGCCUAAACAUGGUGUUGCAUAUCUUCAUGCUGUGAAGGCGACCGUGAACAUUCUGAGCACACGGAGGACCAUUCGAGGAGCUAGGAAAUCAAAGCUGUUGCGACAACAGGAUCAUAAGAUGCAUCAUCGCACAGAUGGAAUCUCUGACUUCCUCAGCCUUUGGGCUGCGCACGCACCUGUCCAGCUUCAGGGCUCAAUCCUUGAUUGGGUUCAGAAAGAGAAGGAAGUACAAUUAGCAGCUCCUCUACUGCGCUUGAAAUUUUAGAUGAUAUAGGGCUCGUUUAGUAGAGCUCCAACUCCUAAAUUUAACUCCAGGAGUUGAGUCUGGAGUGGGGUUAUGGAGCCGUUUAAACCCAGCUCCACCUCUUUGGUUCAUUUUAUGAGAGAGUUCCAUUCAGCUCCACUCCCAUUUUGGGUGGAGCUAAAACUGUUUGGCUGAGCUCUAGCUCUAGGAGAGGUGGAGCUAGUGCUAGUCAGGAAAUCAGAGAAACGUGAAGUACAAAUGUAAUAUUUUAACUGAGAAAAGUGACUUGUAGGGAGAUAAUAUCUAAGUCAUUCGGAGUUAACUGAUAUGAAAUGUGUGCUACAUAAAAAUGAAAACUGAAAAUGUCACCUAGUGGUCUGCUCUUUCUUGACCUCUGUAACUGCUUCUCCUUCUAAUAUAUCCGGCAGAGCUCCUGCCGUCUUUUGCUUCAAAAAAAAAAUGUGUGCUACAUAUACUUCUGUUGUUGGUCCAACCCAGAACUUAUGUUGGUAAAUAGUGAUAAGAUGAUGUUCAUUGUCUGGAAGUCUAAUGUACAGCCGUGCUCAUCAGAUGUGUCAUAUUUUAUUUGAAUUUA